AAAAUUUAGCGUAAACGGUAAAUAUUUGGAAAUAAGUGAUUUUUUGGCGUCCGUGACACCAGUUCCGAUCCUGUUUUUCGACGUGUCCAAUAAUGGAGCAAAUUCUUCGAGAUACUGGCCUGGAACAAUAUACGGAUAAAUUGAAAGAGAACGACGUUGACGAUCUAUUAUUCUUUAAAUUAUUGGACGGUGCCGCUGGAUCAACGGAGGAACGUUUGUUUGCCGAAAUUAUUCCAUCAGUCGGUCACAGAUUAAAAAUAAUAACUGCUGCUAGAGAGGUUAGUAGGUCAGGGUCAAACUUUGAGCAGAUUACCCUUAAUUUUAAUUGUAGUAUUUGUGCAUUUAAGUUUAGUUCGUUCAAAGAGUAUUGGCAGCAUAUUAAGGAAUUCCAUGAGAUUAGAAAAGGAAAAGUUAGAUUAAAUUGUCCGUUGUGUUCAAUGAUUUUUACUGAAUUAGACAAUCUUCAAAAACAUAUUCACAGAAAUGUUUGCUCAGUACAUAGAAAUGUUUCAGGAUAUUUUAAUAAUUCUGACACUCUAGAAAAUAAUACUAAACAUAAUGAUAAGUGCAGUAGUGAAGAAUUUUUUCCCCCAAAUGUCAUCUAUGAAAUUAAUUUAGAUUAUAAAUUAGCUUUUAUAAAAUCUUUGCAAAUGUCUGGUGGAAUUUCAUUACUUAAAUCAAAUGAAAUUUUAUCUAAUGCAAAUUCUUUAGUCAACAGCAUCAUUGAAGUUGCAAAAGAUUUUUCAAAAACUAGUUCUAAUUCAGCUCAAAUUUUAGUUAAUUUAAAUACGUUAAGGGACCCUUUUCCAAAUAGUUCUUCCUCACAAUAUGAAUUGGAGAAAAUUUUAAAACAAAAAUCUCUUUUAGUCGAACCAAAAGAAAUAAAAUUGGGUUCUCACUUUAAAUUUGAUAAAAAUAAAGGACUGAUGCAAGAAAAAGGAGACAACCUAUAUCUUUUUGAAUUAUCUAAAACAUUGCCAAUCAUUCUUAAAAAGUAUUCCAAAAUCGCCGAUAGUGUCAAUGUAGGAAUAAAUCCGGAAAUUUUGGAAAAUUUUAAGUCAGGUGAUCUGUUUAAAACUUUUAAAAAUAAUCCAUUAUGCUUACAAAUUUAUUAUGAUGAUGUGGAAAUUUGUAACCCGUUGGGAACAAAAGCAAAAAUCCACAAACUGGCCUUAUUUUAUUUUGUAAUUGCUAAUUUUCCACCUCAAUUAAAUGCAAAGCUUGAAAAUAUUUUUCCGCUUGUGGUAGUCAAAUCCAAAUUUGUCAAAGAAUAUGGAAUGAAUUUAAUUCUUGGACCAUUAGUUGAUGAAUUAAAUUCAUUGCAUGAAAGUUCACAAAAGAUAGCUGUCCUUGCAAAUAGCCAAUUUAGUCACGUUCAAGUACUCCAGUUUUGUGGCGAUAAUCUUGGUUUGCAUACUAUUUUAGGAUUUGUGGAAAGUUUUAACGCAAAUUUUCGCUGUCGUUUUUGCAAAAUGGAGAAGGAAAAUACAUACAUAUCUGUAGUAGCAUCAAUCCAUAAGAGGCGCAUUUUAUCCCUAUAUGAAAAUGAUUUAGGCUUGGAAAAUGUUAGUUUGACGGGGAUUAGGGAAAGUUCAAUUGUUAAUGACAUUAAGGGAUUUCAUGUCACUAAUAAUUUUGCUCCUGAUAUCAUGCAUGAUAUUUUAGAAGGAAUCUGCAUCACCGAACUGAAAUUAUUUUUGAAACAUGUCAUUAAUAAUGGUAGUUUAUCUAUAAGGCAGAUUAAUCACAGGCUCUCAUCUUCAUUUAAAAAGAAUAGUCAUGCAGUAUCAAAAUUGCCUGAAAUCGAUUCCAGUUUUGUUGACGGCGACAAAAAAUCCUGCUUUUCUGCUUCCGAAAUGAACCAUUUUUUCUUAAUAUUUCCUGCAGUAUUUGGUGAUAAGUUUAGUAGGAAUGAUAAGCACUGGGAUUUAAUUAUCAUGCUUCGCCGCAUUAUACGUAUUUUAAUGGCACCAAGAAUAAAUAGGGUUGGGGUUUCUUUGUUAAAUAAUUUAAUUGCUGAGCAUCACAGUGCAUUUCUCAAACUGUCUCAAUCUAAGUUAACCCCAAAGUUUCAUCACUUAUUGCAUUAUGCACAAGCUAUAAGACAAUUAGGGCCACUUAAGAAUUAUUGGUGUAUGCGGUUUGAAGCCAAACACCGUCUUGCAAAAACAAUUGGCAAGAAUUGCUAUAAUUUCAGAAAUAUUGCAAAAACUGUUUCAAGAAGAAUGGCACUGAAUUUGGCAUUUUCAAUUGGAUGCGAAUUAGUUGGAGAAAUAACUUAUGGAUCUGGUUCCAAAAUUGCAUUUAAAGAUCUGAGAAUAUCGUUUGAUUUUUCAAAACUUUCAUUAAAUGCAUGUGACGAAAUAUUUUGCAUGGACUCGGUCACAAUUUGUGGUACGAAAAUAAAACCUGAAAAUUAUUUUAUUUUAAAAAAUGAAUCAACAAGUGUACAGUUUGUUCAAAUUAGUCUGUGUUUUUUUCAUAAUGAGAGAACACAUUUAGUAGUCAGGCAGGUGAAGUACGAGGAAAAGUUUAGGAAUUCAUAUUUGUUCAAAAUAGUUAGCUUUGAAAAUCCUGUACUUAUUGACCCUGAAAAAAUUUAUUUAGAGAGUCCCUUAGUCGUUGUUAAUUGCUUGGACGAUCCUCAGGGCCACGGUCUUAUCUGCUGUCCAAUAGAAUUUGUGUAAUUUGAUUUUUUAUGUAAUUGUAGAAAUAUGUGUGUUCAGAUGAGUUUGCGUAUAUUUUUAAUUUAAUUAGAAUAACAUUUAUGUAAAUAUUUAGCUAGGCAAACAAACUUCCGAAACUUGCCAGCGUGCACCAAAUGGUAACAUGAAUAUUAUGCUGGGGGAUGACAAUUCCGUAAAUUGCGGUCAGGAACCAGAUAAAGAGGAGCACGUAGAAAUUACUUUUGUCACGUUCAAUCCGCUUUUUGAUAUUAAACAAAUCAUUUUAAAUUCUGAUGAAGACAAAGGAACUGCAAAUGGAAUGAACGUGCUUGAAGAAAUAUCGCGAUCCAGCCUCCUCACCUCCGACACAAAAACUCUCAUAAAGCGUCGUAUUGUUAACUUUCUGGUGAAGAACUAUUCAUAUCAUCCUUCAAAAGAAGUUAAAGAGAACUUGGCGAAAUGUGUUGCAAUGCAGCUAUUUCAAAAUCUUAAUUGUGAGCAGCAAAAAAACAUUGAGAAUAUGUUUUACCGAAAAUCUGAGGUGAAAGAAAAAACGAAGAAAAAAAAUUCGGCGUCAGGGCUCAUUGAAGACAGGUUGAAACAUUUGCGGAGAAAACGUAACGUCACUAAGCCUCGGAAACCUGAAUCGUGUCUGGAGAUUACUAAGCCAUCAGAAGAUGAAGAAGACAAGAAAUCGUGGUUGCGUUAUACUUCAUCUCCACUAAAUCAAGUUGCAGAAUACAUGGCGCAGACUUUUCGAUUGAGAUCAGAAGAGUUAAAGACAAAUGAUCUGUUGACUACCUUAAAUGAAUGGCCGCGACUAAUUGAUACUACUGGGAUGAUUGACCUAGAUUUUUCCAUUCGAUAUCCUGACAAAGGCGAUAUGAUGCUGCACAAAUGGACUUGUAUUUCAAAUCAAAUUUGGAAAUAUGCAGUAAAAACGAGGGCGAAUAUUCAUGGGGAAAUUGGGAUUUCCAAGAACGUAGAGGAAUGGUCGAAGGACGAAAUAAAUUCCGGAUCUUUACUAUUGCUUCCGUAUUUGUUUUCAAAAUCUGCUUAUACUCAAGAUGGCAAAAAGAGACGAAGAAUUACCGGAGCCCAUUCUUCUGAAUUCUUCGUACAGUUUUUUCAAAGAAAUGAAGAUCUUGAAGAAUUUCGUUUAGCAGAAUCCGUGAGAACGCAGCCAUUUGUUAUUUGUAUAGGAAACUUGAAGUUUCUUGACAUCCAACAAGCUUUCGUCAUGGUGGAACGGCGCCUCAUUGCUGCAGAGUCUUUCGUAAAAGCUGUGGAUCUCUGUUUCAAGAUCUUUUACGUCCUAGAACUUAAAUUUCCCGAAGAGUGUAAGAGUGUUUGGGAGUUUUUCGACUGCACAGUUUUCCAAACUAACAAAGUUAGGUCGUCAUCGUCUUCAGUCUUGUCGCUUUCGUCACAAAUCACCAUGGACGAAGGAUUAAAUGAAGAUUGAUUAUUUAAUUUUACUAAUUAAAAUAAGACGUACGGGUAUUAUGUACGGGUAUUAUUUUUAUUUAUUGUCAGUAUUGUUAAUACGCUUAAUAAGUACAGUAAUAUAAGUAAUAUAUUAUUAAUAUCACUGUCAUUAUAAAUUAUAAAUGUACUAGCUCUAGUAAACAACAUAAUAAAUAAUUAUAAAUUAAAGAGCAUUCAA